AAGAAUGCCUUUUAAAAGACAUUUUAAACAACAUUCCCUUUGCUCAGGGAAGCAAAGAUACAUUUCUAGAGCAAUGGUUAUGGUGUCACUUGGGUUGAUGUGAGCCAUCUCGGAACUGACAGGCGUGUCCUAAGUUAAGGGUGAAACUAUCAACCCUUAAUGGUAAAUGCAUAAAAGGAGAAAUGUGCAAGUAAACAGUCAAUUCGACAUGCAAUAUUUAAACAUACCCACUCAACUAGCGAAGAGGUUCUUAGAAGCCUUAGCAGCAGUUUGGAUCUCCAUUGAGAUGAAAGCUCUCAGAGACGAGGCCUCUUGAUUUUGUCCCUGUCUGCAGAGAUUGCAGCGAUGUGUUGCUGUUGCACAUGUCACAGUGUAUCCUGUGAAGUCAAGCCUUUGAAGAAGUCGUAGCAUUAAUAUUUGAACUGCUCAGUGUCUACAGGUCCUGGAUUCUGUUAGGAUCUGCAGCAAAACAACACAAAAAGAAGCACCUUUGGAACAAAGAUGAAUAUCGGGAAAGCUUACAGUGCUGUUAACGUCAGCAAUGGAACAGAUCUAGCUAUUGGCUUUACUUCUUCCACAGUAGCUGUCCUUCUGUUUGGGACAAACUUUGUGCCUGUCAAGAAAUAUGAUACUGGUGAUGGCAUGUUCUUCCAAUGGAUUCUCUGUGCCUCCAUAUGGAUGGUUUCUUUGGUGGUCAAUUUGAUCCAGAAUUGCCCCCGGUUUUGGCCUCUGGCUAUGGUUGGAGGUUUUGUGUGGGCUACAGGCAAUGUUACGGUUGUCCCUAUUGUUAAGACUAUUGGCUUAGCUCUUGGUCUUUUGAUAUGGGCUUCUUUCAAUUUGCUGACUGGUUGGGCAAGUUCAAGGUUUGGUUGGUUUGGAAUUGACCCAGAAGAGGUAUCAAGACCAAUCUUAAAUUAUAUUGGAGCUGGACUUUCACUUAUAAGUGCUGUCAUAUUUCUUUUUAUAAAAACUGAAGUCCAGAGUUCUUCACCUUCCUUAGAAAGCACACCUUUACUGAGAGAAAGUUCUAUUAAUGCUUCUGAAGAUACCACUGAAGACUCAUGGGUGAACAAACUUUCUCCAGCAAAAAGGAGACUCAUAGGCUGUAGCCUGGCUGUAGUAGCUGGAAUACUCUACGGUUCCAGUUUUGUACCAGUACUUUACAUCAAGGACCAUGGAAGAAGAAAUGAAACUGUAUACACAGGAGCAAGUCAGUUUGAUUUAGAUUAUGUUUUUGCACACUUCAGUGGAAUAUUUCUUACAAGUACCAUCUACUUUUUGAUCUACUGUGCAGUCAGGAAAAAUAAACCUUAUGUUUAUCCCCAAGCCAUACUGCCAGGAUUUGUUUCUGGUGUGCUUUGGGCAAUAGCCAACUGCUGCUGGUUCCUGGCCAAUCACUAUCUCAGUGCUGUCGUCAGCUUUCCAAUAAUUACUGCAGGUCCUGGCCUUGUUGCUGCAAUGUGGGGAGUCCUUGUAUUUAAGGAAAUCAAGGGACUGAAAAACUAUGUGUUGCUGUCAGUGUCAUUUUGCAUCAUUUUGGCUGGAUCACUUUCCACAGCUUUUUCUAAAGUUUGAAAGGACCUUCUGGACCAGUAGAUGGUGCUAGCGUUUAGCAAAAUAGACAGUAUUGGUAGAUUACAAUACAUCAUGAUGUAUGUCCAAUAUUUACUCUAACUUACUUCAGCCAAGUGGAAAAUGAAAACAUUUGGCAUGAAACAAAAUCUGAAAAUAUUUGGUUCUGUUUUUCUUGGAACAGUAAGAAAAUCAAAGGACUUUGAUUAAUAAAGUGAAAUGAUUUUAUUGUUACUAAUUAUUAAGUUUUUGUCAUUCAAGAGCUAAACUUUGUCAUCAUAAAUUGCAGUUUGCUGUUGUGAUGGUGGAUAGUGAUUUUAAUUUUAGUCUAUAAUACUGCAAGUGUAUGCAAGCUGAUUUGUUUAUUAAAACAUUUUCUUACCAACUUAAAUAUAAGAUGUCUUGAAAUAUUCCUUAUGAAAGUGAUACACGUGAAGAUAACAAAGCUUUUCUUUUAUUUAGAA